AUGGCACCCUUUGAGGCCCUUUAUGGGAGGAUAUGUAGAUCUCCAAUUUGGUGGUUUGAGGUAGGUGAGUUUGCUAUAAUAGGUACCGAAGAAAUCUAUGAGGUUGUAGAGAAAGUCCGACUCAUAAGGGAUAGAUUGAAGAUGGCCCAAAGUCGACAAAAAUCUUAUGCGGACAAUAGAAAGAGGGACCUUGAGUUUAUGGUAGGUGACUUGGUCUAUCUGAAGAUAUCAUUCAUGAAGAGGGUUAUGAGGUUUGGGAGAAAGGGAAAACUUAGUCCCCAGUAUGUGGGGCCAUAUGAGGUAGUGAAACGCGUCGCGAAUGUUGCCUAUGAGUUGAAAUCUCCAAUUGAAUUGGCUCCGGUUCAUCCAGUGUUCCAUGUGUCAAUGCACAAAAACUGCAUAGCCGAUCCAGUGUCUAUCCUUCCUCUAGAAGGUUUAGAAGUUGAUGCUAACCUUUCCUAUGAAGAGAUCGCGGUUGAGAUUUUAGAUCGGCAAGUGAAGAAGUUUACGAAUACGGAAGUAGCUUCCAUAAAGGUCUUUGGAAGAAUCACCUAG